AUGCUUCAAUUUUCGAUUGACAAAUCCCUCCUCAACACCAAUCAAACCAUUUCAUUGGGAGGUUUUUCCACCCUCACCAUUACCAAUCAAUCAAAUUCAAUGAAUUCAUCGAAUAUGAAUAGUAACAACACUAAUAAUAAUUUUAUUCCGCAAAGUUCAACUCAACAACCAUCACGACAAAAUUCCGAUCCAUCCUCCUCGAAUCAUCAAGAUCUUUCAAACACCAUUCAAUCAUCAUCAUCAUGUAAAAACGAUCCUACCAAUGGCACUUGUUCCCAUCAGCAUCACCACAGACCUUCAUCACCAACUCUCCAUAGAAAAUCCUCAAAAGAUUCUCCCUGUUCCAAUUGUAUCAAAGUUUGUCAAAAUUCUCUCCUUCCUGGAGUUGUGGUAGCCCUCUCAUGUGGAGCCUAUCUCGUCGGUGCCUUGUUUAUUGUACCAUUUGCCUUUCCAUUCUUUCAUCCCGAAAGAAGUUCUUCCAUGACCAGAGUUUUACAUGUUCUCAAUCAAAUGUGGGGACUCUUUGAACUCGCCAUGCUUUUAUGGAGUUAUUUCCGAUGUAUGAAAACAAGUCCUGGAGUCGUUCUACCCAAUUGGCAAGACUCAUUCUCGGAGGAAGAAGUUAAAACAUUGUUAGCUUUGGAACCUCAGAAACAUGGAGAACCAAGAUAUUGUUCCAAGACGGGAAUGAAUAUUCCUCCGAGAGCUCACUUUUCAUCGGUACAGAAGAAGGUGAUUCUGAGAAUGGAUCAUUAUUGUGUUUGGGUGAAUAAUUGCGUUGGAUUGUAUAAUCACAAAUAUUUCUAUUUGUUUUUAACUUAUUUAGUUAUGGCUGUGACACACUUUUUCUUUGUCACAAUUUUCGUGGUGAUGGCCUUCAUUAAGGAUUCAAGCAAUAUUGAUGUCACUGUAUUUUUAUUGACCUUGGUAUUUAAUGUCUUUUUAGUUCCCAUGUCAUGUAUGAUUUAUCUGUUUUGGGGAUGGAACACUUAUUUAUUGUUGAUGAAUCAGACGUCGAUCGAAAAUUUCCAACUUUCCGAGAAGAGAGCACGUGCACCCAAGAAGAAAUUGAAUCAAGAACAUUUAAAGUAUUUAAACUUUUACAAUGUCUCAUAUUUGACCAAUGUGAAACAAGUGUUAGGCCAAAAUAUUUGGAAAUGGUUUUUACCAAUACCUGAUGAUUUAGGCACUGAUGGUUAUCGAUUUCCCACAAUUCUUCCCUAUGACAAGAUUAUUGAAAUGCAAAAGGAAACUUUCACACAUGUUCUUCCAGAUUCGAGAGAACAUGUUCGAUCUUCGAGAGGACCUCAUUCCAAAGUACGUCAUUCUCGUUACUCAUCGUCAAGGACUGAAAGUGACGACGACGAUGACGGUGACAGUAGUGAAUAUGGAACUGAUGAUGAGUUGGUGUAA